GCAACGUGUGUGGGGUUGUGGGAGCCGCGUGCUCUGGGAGGCGGCUGCGUUAGCCACCCGGGCCGCGGAGGCCUGCUGCUUCCUCGGCGUGGCCUGGUGUGCUGCUGGGAUCACCAAUUUGGUUUUCUCGCAGUAGACGAGGCCUGCUCUCACUUGGUCGCAAGGAGUGGUGAGUGCUGCACCAGUAGAAGAGCUCGUCUGCUCCUGCAGGCCGCGUGCUCUCCUGGCCAGUACCACAAGUUCGUUCCUGGCUGUGGUGUGCGUGUGCGUGUGCGUUUCAGUCCGCCCCACGCUCCAGCAGUUGCCUUUGCCUUGCGUUGAGCUCCUGCUAUUUAGCAGUAUAGAACCACGCGGCAGCUUACACAGCUGAGGCUUAUUCCCAGAUACAACCUUCAGAAUAAGCACGAUGCCCCCCAAAAAAGGAUUAGGCGGCACCAAGGGGAAAGGAAAAGCCCCCCGUUCCCAGCCUAAAAGAGUUAGGCACCGGGAUGAUUCCUCAGAAGAAGAGUUAGAUCCUCAGGUGGCCGCCUUACUAGCGAAGGUGCAGGCUCUAGAAAGGAGUAGGGGGAUAGAUCCUACACCAAUAGCGCACCCUCAGCCACGGAGCGCGAGGCCCCGAGAAACACGCAACCAAACCCAGGCUAAUCUAAUUCAAUCUCUAGCAGCUAGAAUUGAAGCCAUCGAGCCUCAGCCUGCCCGGACGGAGGAACAGCUCGAUACCUCUGCGCGAGAUACCAUCAUGUGCAGCGCGGAGCCCAGCUUUUCUCGGCAGCAGACACAAGCUCCGCCAGAGGGGACGCAGCAUACAACCAUCGUCCCUGCCCUGCAAAACUCAGGUGCUGCGCUUCAGAGACCUGGCACCAUGGGCGCGCCAGCUGCCGGAGCCCAUGCCUCCUGCCCUGUGGGACAUUGGCAACGUGAAGUUGAGCGCGCGGUAUGGCAAUCAGUAGCACCGAGUACUAAGGCGUCUUACCAGCGCGCAGAUUGCGAGGCACGACGGUCGCCUGUUCGCGUUGUCAUAUGCGGCCACAGCAUGGUCUUCUGGGCCGGCAGAAGAGCAGCUACCUCUUCAUUUGGAUCCCAGCUGGGCUUCAGCCAACGCGCCAACAUUCAGUGGUUGGGUAGACGCGGAAUGCGUUGGGAACGAUUGCUCCCCACUUUAUUUCAGGACACACCUGCAGCGGCGCCACCCCAGGUUCUCAUCAUCCACCUUGGAGGAAAUGACCUGGGGCUCCUCAAGGGCAAGGCAUUAAUUUUGCAGGCUAUUGCCGAUUUCAAGAUCAUUCGGCAGCGGUGGCCCAGAGUGCGCAUUGUGUGGUCCUGCAUACUACCCAGAUUUAUAUGGCGAUCCGGCGACAUUAAGCCUAUGGAGAGGGCCCGGCGGCGGGUCAAUAGCGAAAUAUUCCGCGAACUAAGCAGACAUGGGGAUCUCAGCAUCACACAUCCCACCAUUACACUGACACGGAGGGAGCUUUAUCGACAGGAUGGCGUACACCUGUCGGACAUUGGUAACGAUUUAUUUUUGUACGAUCUGCAAAGGGCCCUAGGUGUUGUUUUAGGUAGUUGGGGGGUGAGCGACUAAGCAAGUGGCUUGCCGCCCCCUGUGGCAGGUAGGGAAGGGCAUCCAGAGGGAAUAUAAUGGCGAGCUUCCAAGGCACUGUUACAGUGAUAGGUGACUCCCGAGGGCUCUCAGUGUUGAGCCUUGUGGCCAGGCUGGGGGAUAAGGAUCACCUUUGAGGCCGACCUCUCUCACCCACCUUGAGCCCGAUGGGGGCAUGGGUUGGGGGUGACAAGGGAAGGUCUCCCACCCCACGCAGGGGAUGGACAGCCGGGCGGCGAUACUGAGCGCCACCCGCUGGCCAUGGAAAGCUCGCCCUAUCGCUUAGUAAGGCCUGAUGCAGGCCUGGCUGGAUGCCCGGUUGGAACCCUUUGCAGAUCUUGAAUAAAUGUGGCCCAGUUUAACUCCAGCACUUGUGUCGUCUCUUAUUUCUUGCGUCCGUCCCACAAGGCCCAUUCUGCCAUGCCCGGCAAAGCCUGGGCAUGGGGAGGGAUUUGUGGGCGGGGUAAGAGAGAGACGGGGCCAUCCUGCUGAUGCAGGAUUUUGCGUCAUUAAGGCUGGGAGGGGUUUGACCAGGUAAAAGGUCGUGGCUCACCCUCCCAAGCCCUCUUGCUUUCGCUGCUCCCUCCCUCCCUCCCUGUAGACAGUGUGAUAUAUUGGUCGCCAUUAGGGGGCCGAGUAGGAAUUUUUUGCUCAUGCUCUGAUUUGGGCGUGAGUUGUUUCGCCUACUCCAUACUGUAAGACAUCAGGGGAGUAUAACUAGGUCAAUUUGGCUGCGCUUUAAUUUGGUCACGUAACUUUUGGCAGGUAGGGAAGGGCAUCCAGAGGGAAUAUAAUGGCGAGCUUCCAAGGCACUGUUACAGUGAUAGGUGACUCCCGAGGGCUCUCAGUGUUGAGCCUUGUGGCCAGGCUGGGGGAUAAGGAUCACCUUUGAGGCCGACCUCUCUCACCCACCUUGAGCCCGAUGGGGGCAUGGGUUGGGGGUGACAAGGGAAGGUCUCCCACCCCACGCAGGGGAUGGACAGCCGGGCGGCGAUACUGAGCGCCACCCGCUGGCCAUGGAAAGCUCGCCCUGUCGCUUAGUAAGGCCUGAUGCAGGCCUGGCUGGAUGCCCGGUUGGAACCCUUUGCAGAUCUUGAAUAAAUGUGGCCCAGUUUAACUCCA